AUUUCUUUUCUUGAAAACUGUAAAAGUAUUUUUUUUUACCUCUGUCCAGUUCUCUAGAAAAGAAAUAGGGAGGUGAAACAAAAAUUAAGGCAUUAGUAACUUUUGUUUUAAUUAAGCCAUGGAUGCUUCAAAAUUUACCCUUUCUAUAAUCAACUUUACAGUCUUGUUGCUACUUUCACAUUCAUACGGGGCUUCUCUCGAGGCCUGUAAAUUUGAUAGAAUUUUUCAGCUGGGUGAUUCCCUCUCCGAUACCGGAAAUUCCAUCGUCGAAAUUCCACAAGCUUUUCAUGGUCGAUUUCCUUAUGGUGAAACUAUCGGAAAGGCAACGGGUAGACCGUCAGAUGGAUAUCUUAUGAUUGAUUUCAUAGCCCAAUCUGCUGGUCUUCCUUUGGUUGAGCCUUAUGAAAAUCGUAAUUCGACACUUACACAUGGAGCAGAUUUUUCAGUUGCGGGUGUUACAGCGUUGUCUAAUGCACAACUAAAAGCAUUAAAUCUUGAUCCUGGCUACUCUAACAGCACCUUUGAUGUUCAGCUUGUAUGGCUAAAAAAACAUUUAUCCACCUUCUGCAAUGAUAUAAAAGAUUGUCAAGAGAAACUUAAAUCAACCCUCUUUAUGGUCGGCACUAUUGGACCAAAUGAUGUCAGCCGUGGAAUGGGUAAACUCAGCCUUAGUGAAAUUAACAAAAAUGUGGUACCUGCAGCUGUCAAAACCAUUAAAGAUGGUGCCCAGACCGUGAUUAAUUACGGAGCUAGUCGACUAGUUGUCCCUAACGGCUACCCGCAAGGUUGCGCACCGUCCUUUUUGACAAUGUUUAAUUCCACCGUUGUUGAUUCUUUCGGGUGUUUAAAGGAAUACAACGAUCUCUUUGCAUCUUUCAAUGACCAAUUGAGAGUAGCAGUUGACGAAUUACAAAAAGAGAAUCCGACUGUAACUAUCGCUUAUGCUGAUUUAUACAGCGCAACAUUUUCAAUAAUUAAGAAUUUUUCGGCUCUUGGAUUUAAAACCUUUAACAAAGCUUGUUGUGGAAUUGGAGGUCAAUAUAAUGCUGAAGGUGGAAUGGAUAAAAUGUGCGGAGCUAAAGGCGUACCGUUUUGCCCUAAUCCUCAAGAACACGUGUUUUGGGACGGAGGCCAUUUUACUCAGCAUGCUAACAAAAUUUUAUCAGAAACGUUGAUAGCAGAAAUGUUGCCUAAACUUAAAUGUCAAGCUUGAUUAAUUCUACUCUUUUAUAGCAUGUAUGUGUAGUAAAAAAAAAGACUAUGGUAUGGCUUAAAUAAAAGUUCUAAUGCAUGUAUUUUAUUUUCUUUCAUAAUGGAUUAAAAUUAGACAUCUAUAA